CUGCAGCGGAGUCAAGCUAUGAAGCUGCAGUAACUACAGCCGUAGCAGCAAUGAUCUAUAAAGCCGCAGCAACUACAGCCGCAGCAGCAAUGAUCUAUGAAGCCAUAACUGCAGCAGAAUCAAGGUAUACCAGAGCAGAAUUAAGACAUUUCAGAAUGGCAAGAUCAGAGUGUUAA